AUGACAGGUAGGCCAAAGCUUCACAAAAGAAGAAAACAGCCAGGAGAAACCAGUGGCUCAAAAGAUAUACCAGCUCCAGUUGCCAAAACCAUAACCACAGUUGGAAAAUUGGGAAGGCAGGGUGUUUUAAUGACUUGUAGCCUAUGUAAACAGAAAAAACAUAAUGCUAAAGGCUGCCCUCUGAACAAGGUAAACUGUAUUUAUAUCAUAAACUAUAUUUAUUUUGUAAAUAUGUCUUGUAUUUAUGGUUUACCUAACUAACAACAUUCAUGGUUUAUUAACUUAUAGGGAAAACAAAGUCAAACUCCACAGUCUACACAAGCUACAGAAGCUAAUAUCACACAGUUAGACAGUCAAGCUCCACAGUCUACACAAGCUACACAAGCUACAAUCACACAGCUGGAAAGUCAAGUUACUGGAAUUGAAAUGGCAUCAGAGAAAAAUGACAAAAGAAAGAGAACUCAAGCAGCUGUGAAGAAUGCAACUGCAAGGAACAAAUUACCAACAACAAGAAAAGCAAAAGAAAAGAUUAUGCAAGAAAAUGAACCAACAAGAAAAGAAAGGGGUAAAGGAAAAGAACCAAUGAUGUCUGUUAUUACAAAGGCAAGAAACCAACAAAUUGAUGGUUCAUCUCCAUCACAGAAUUUGAGGCCAAGAAAUAAAAAAGGUCUUGUGACAAGAAGCCAACAAGCUCAUGUGGCAAGAAACAAACAGUCACAACCAAAGUUAGGAACUGAAGAAUGUGAUAGCAGAAUGAAGUCUGUGAGGAGAAGAUUAAUUGAUGAGGAUGAUUAGGGGUGCAAAAAUACAGUGACUUUUGUUGUUUUUGUGAACUUUUUAUCAUAUUGCAUAUUUUCUAUCAUUUCAUUUUGCUAGCUGGAUUGAUUACUUUUGAACAUGUUCUUAAUUUUGCUGUUUGAUGAAUUUUUGGCUAUUUUGUAAGCUUGGUGGAUUAUUUCCAUGCUAGAUUGGUAACUUUUGAGAGCUGA